GGCGGGGCAAUCGGGACACAAGAUGCGAACAAAAAUAAUUUACACAAUUUUAAACGCGUAAAAAUUAUUUGUUAAAACAGCAGCCGUGUAGGACAACAGCCGCGAUGGGUCUGUUGACGAUUUUGAAGAAGAUGAAGCAGAAGGAGCGAGAGAUGAGACUGCUGAUGCUAGGUUUGGACAACGCAGGAAAAACCACCAUCCUGAAGAAGUUUAACGGAGAAGAUGUCAGCACCAUCUCUCCAACUCUGGGCUUCAACAUCCAGACACUGGAGCACAAAGGGUUUAAUUUAAAUAUUUGGGACGUGGGUGGUCAAAAGUCCCUGCGCUCUUAUUGGAGGAACUACUUUGAGAGCACAGACGGGCUGGUAUGGGUGGUGGAUAGCGCGGAUAGACUCCGGCUGGACGACUGCAAGAAGGAACUUGCCGUCUUACUGCUGGAGGAGAGGUUAGCUGGAGCAACCCUGCUGGUGUUCGCCAACAAACAGGAUCUACCAGGCGCCCUUUCGAAAGAAGCCAUUCAAGAGGCGCUGGCUCUGGAUGAGAUCAAAACUCACCACUGGUGCAUCAUGGGUUGCAGCGCAGUGACAGGAAAGAACUUGUUGGCCGGAGUAGACUGGUUACUGGAUGACAUCUCCGCAAGAAUCUUCACAGUAGAAUGACCCAAUUUGUAAGAUAUCCAAGUUCAGUGUUUAUUUAUGGACCUUAUCCUAAAUGGGAAUGUGAAUAAGAUGUUUGUAAUGCACUGAUGACCUCUUGUCCUUUUUA